GAAGAGGUCAGACGUCAGUCAAAACGGGGUGAGGGCCGAUGCCAAACCCCUGCUUGGCAGUGUGGGCAGGUGUGCCCACGCUGAAACCGGGAAGUUGAAGCAGAGAGAAAGUAUUUAUUAAUGGUGAGAGUGUGUGUACAUGCCUGUGUGUGUGUGUGUGUGUGUUUAUGUGUGUACAUGCCUGUGUGUGUGGUGAGCAUGGCGUGGGUGUGACUAAACUGGAAGGGACAUGUCUAUUGAUGAGUCACUCAUGCUCCUAGUUUUUGGAAAAACAAGUCUGGGAAUAGGCAGAGUAGUGUCUGUCUGUCUGUGUGUGUGUGUGUGCUUGAGAGGGAGAGCAUGAGAUCUUGUGUUUGGCUUGGGAGAAUUUUCCCUCUUUUGCUCCUACAAGAGAGCAUCCUUUCCAUGAACCCAUUAUGUCAACAUAUUUUACUGAAAGAACACGACAAACUGACAAGACAGUGAUGUGUGGACAUAAGAGACAGAUGCGAAACCCUAAUCUCUUGCCUAGAUGACUGACACACUGACUAAACGUGUGUGUGUUUGGAUUUUGAAUCAUCAAGGGGAAAUUAUGUAUGUCAGGUGCAGUCCUUUGGCUGACGCAGGUGUGUCAUCUUGAGUGUGUCUUGGGUGCAUGGCAGUGUGUUUGACCUUUCACUCGCUGACCUUGCUCACACAUGCUCACACAUGCUCACACAUGCUCUGAAGAGUAAACCACUGCCACUCACCUCUGGACAAAAGCGAGACAGCUGGAGCUAGAUUAGACAGGUGGUGGACAGACCUGCCCAGUCAGAUUGAGCCGUCUGACUUGGGCAUGCAUCUGUGGAAAACAGCAUGGUUAAAAAAGAGACCAAAGAUGGCAAGAGAUUGCAGUCAUCAUCCUGAGUUAUGACACGUUAUUGCACGGAAGUGCAUUCAGAUUCAGUGGACUGGCAGACAGAGCCAAUAGGAGUGGGCUACUUUAUCAUCGUCUUUCUUCUCAAGUAUUUUUAUACAGAGUGGGGGAGGAAAUUCCUGGUUGUUUUCUAUGGCGGUUCCUGUAUUAAUGUAGCUCGCACAGGCCAGCUGAGUAUAUUUAUCUUGCCCUUCACAAAGCAGUGGCCGGACAGACAUAUGUGUAUAAAAACGACUUUAAAGCAUCAAUAAUAUUUUUAUUCAAACAUAAAUAAAUAAACACCAAACGCCAGGUCCUCUUUGGAAUGUAGUAAUUCAAAAUUUUUAUGAAUGAGUGCAUUCAUGUUUGACCACGCCCCAAAUCCUUGCUAGCCGUCUUGGACAUCCAACGCCCGCCCUUCCCCACCCCCUUUGGAAUGCCCUGGCCACACGCCCGCAUCUUAAUUGGCCAGACGAUUCUAGGUAGGCGGAGCUGCAGUAAAAAGACAUGAUCACAAUAUAUAGCAGAGGUCAGAAUUGAAUCUAUGAAGUUUCAAGUAUUGAGUUGUCCAACGAAGUUCAGCUAACUGUUACACCUGAAGCAUCCAGCUACUGAGCAACAUUUUUUUUCCAUUUCUAGUCUUACUGUAGCCAUACUGGAUUUGUGGAUUACUGUACCUCCGAGGAAUACAACCAUUUAUCUUCCUUCUUUCAUCCCUUUUGCCAUCUUUGAAGAAACGACUUGUAACAUUUGGGCUAUUGACUCUCUGGCAGAAUGAGGACGUCUGUGGCACUUCUUGCGUUCAUUUUGGCGAUCUUUGCCACGGUUCGUGCUGGAUGCCCCGCUGUGUGUGAGUGCCCGGCAACACGCCCCUCAUGCCCCCCUGGCGUGAGCAUGGUGCGCGACGCCUGUGGCUGUUGCAAGGUAUGCGCCGCCCAGCUCAACCAGGACUGCCACGCCAUGCAACCCUGCGACCACCACAAGGGCCUGGAGUGCAACUAUGGCAACGACGUGGGCAGCACCCACGGCAUCUGCAGGGCUAAACUAGAGGGCCGCUCGUGCGAGUACAACGGCCGGAUGUACCAGAACGGGGAGAACUUCCGUGCCGGCUGCAAGCACCAGUGCACGUGUGUGGACGGGGCCGUGGGCUGCGUGCCCCUCUGCCCCACUCACCUGCCCCUGGCCUCGCCCUCGUGCCCAGCCCCGCGCCUCGUCAGGGUGCCCGGCCAGUGCUGCCCGAGCCUGGACUGCCACAAGAGCUCGUCGGCGCUGCCCCCUGUGGUCAGGAAGCCUGAUCCACCCCCUUUCUUCUUCCAGGACCUCCUGCCCUACCCCAAGCCUUACCCAGAGCCCUCUUACCCCAAGCCUUACCCAGAGCCCUCUUACCCCAAGCCUUACCCAGAGCCCUCUUACCCCAAGCAGUACUUCAAGCGCUUCCCGCACAAGGCCAAGGACACCCUGAGCAACGAGCUGAUGGAGGAGGGGAAGAGGUGGGACAAGCCACACAGUCACAAGCACCUGGCUGCAUGGAGGCAGGAGGGGAAGCAGUGUGUGGUCCAGACGACCAACUGGUCCCAGUGCUCGCGCAGCUGUGGCAUGGGCGUCUCCUCGAGGGUCACCAACAACAAUGCCCAGUGCAAGCUGGUCAAGGAGACCCGCCUGUGUAACAUUCGACCAUGCAGCUCCAUGUCCGUCCCCAUUAAGAAGGGGCGGAAGUGCUCACGUACCCAGAAGGCCCCGGAGCCCCUGCGUCUGCACUACGCCGGCUGUCGGAGCGUCCGCCUCUACCGGCCCAACUACUGCGGCGUGUGCCUGGACGGACGCUGCUGCUCGCCGCGUCGCACGCGCACCGCCGCUGUGCGCUUCUCCUGCCCGGACGGUGAGCGCUUUGAGCGGUCCGUUAUGUUCGUGCAGUCGUGCAAGUGCAGUGACGAGUGCAGUCACCUCAACGAGGCCGCCCUGCCGCCCCAGCGCUGGCUCUACGGCGACACACACAAGUUCAUCGACUAGUUCUGCACCUUCAAUUUUUUUAACCUCUCUCUAUCUCUGUCUCUCUCUAUCGCCCCUUCCUUACCCAGCCAACCUCCCCACACCCUGAUAGAGUAGCGGUUCCAAGUGUACUUCCCAAGUAGAUGCUAGCCUGAGGCUCAGACUGGCCUCAACUCCUAAGGGUGUCUGAUCCACAGGAGGAAAGGGAGAGUUCCGUUUUUUUCCGAGUUUCAAAUCCGAUCCUCCCUUUUGCUCAGAUCUAGUGGAUUAGUGCUGGCCUUAGAUUAGACGCCCGUGUCCAACGCGGUUUGAUAGGGAUCACCACGAGAGCCCCGCGUGUAUAUAGCUAGCCGUGGAUUCUGCGAGCCGCCAUUUUUUUUAUCUCCCUACAUAAAAAAAAAACAAGCAGUGGCAAUGCGCUCUGUGACUGAAGUGACAUGGACGGGGAAAACGAUGUGAUUUGGCAGCAAAGACGUGGCGAAAAAUCCAGAUUCUCAGAGGAACUCGCAAACAGCUGCCGCAAAAAGGCCCCAGUGGGCUGGUGGAGUAAAAGAUUGGGGUUAGCUUUUCAUGCUGAAUGUGAGCAGGCGCUAAACCCUUCAAUGGCAACGAGUAUUUUCAUCUAGACAGAGUGGGGAAGAGGAAGGAUGCACAGGCUGACUGUGUGAGACUUGUCUUCCAAAGGAGACGAGGGACUUUAAACAUGGACCGAGACAGCCAAGGGGAAACCAAGAUGGAAGAGGAGGCAUCCUCCCUUUUUUUCCGAGGAAGUCUUCUUUUGCCUCUUAUUUAUGCUAGGCUAUUUAUUGUUUUGACAGAUGAAAUGACAAGCCUUUUAAAAAAAAAGCAGAUGAUGAGCCUCUGGUUGUGAAACAGUUGACUGUGAAGGAGUGUAAGAACAUUGUUUGACCAGUAGCCCUCUGACCAGUGUUUCCUCAAGAGUGGUAGGACAUGGGCCAGCCACCGAUGAAAGAGUAUCUCAUGCUCUGGACUGAACCGUCUUCUCUUUCGGAGAGAUUUGUCUGAGGCAAAGCUCCAAAGCCUAAAGAUACCUUCACCUUCAAUCCCAUCCAUUUUGUAUCCCAACAAUGGUGCACUUGGUCUAGAGAGACUUAUGACAAGCGCCUAAAGACCAUCUUGUGGAGUCUUGGCACCAAAACGUCAACUUGGUAACUCCGACAAAUUACAAUGCUGAAAUUUUGGGGGUAGUGAGGAGCCCGGCAACCCUCUGGUUUGCUGUAAAAAUACAUUUUAAAACACCAGCAUCAGACAUAAACAUGUAAUUUGGGACUAGCGGGUGGGACUUUUCUGGAUUCGAUCUGGCCUCUAAUCUUGCAACUGAUGCAAAAAAUCAAGAGACCUAAACUCUUGUUUGAGUUGCUGCGUGCCUCUUGUGGUCUCCAUGUCUGCCAUUUGGCAGUGUUAGAUGAGAUGUUGAGUGUGACAUCAUUCUCAUUAAAACCAUGGGAGCCAAGAGGCAACAAAAUGUGGGUUUGAGCCUGGAAUUCGGGAUAUCUCCAGCGACCUCAAAACACCCCCACUCCCCAAAUGACUAGCUUUGAUUUUAGCCAUUAGCAGGCAUUUGCAGUGCGCACUGGUAUUAAUCUGUUAGCUGUAUGGUGCAAUAAUAAGAAAAGCAUCAACUUAAUUUACACACGAUGAGUUUAGCAUUCAUGCAGCAUGGCCCUUUUGAAGACUUGGGUCAAGCUUUAGGACAGAAAGGAGACUUACAGAUGUUCAUGCACCUUACCUAACUUGUGUUUGACCACAGCUGGCUUUAUGUGCCACAGGAAUAAGAGUUGGCAGCAUUUUUCAAUUAAAUAUAUAUUUGUUACAAUGUGCAGUGUUGUUCAGAUAUAAAGAAGCAAACCAUUAUGUUAUAAGGACAGAAGUUGCAGCUAUAUUUAACCAAAUGUUUUCGGAGUUAUUUUGGCAGUUGUGCUUUUUUCUGUUUAUGUGGGUCUGAUUUCUAAAUAAAGAAAAAAGGUUUAAGUGGCAUUGUGGAAUAUUUGGGAGCAAAGAAACACAAUUUAAUAGAAAUCCUAAACAGCCUAUAUAUUUUAUUGUGACAGUGUGUUUCUUUUCAUUUGUUGAAUUCCAAAACCAUUUUUACUAAUUCCAUUGUAUUUUCAUUUUGAGGGUAGAAUUCUCUCAUAGUUCUCCAAUAAAUUAAAAUAUGACAAUUCACUGAUGCUGUAGUGAAGGGUUUACAUUUCAUUUGAGUGAAAUCUAGAAAUAAACAGUUGUCAUCGCAAAUAAUCUGCUUUAAAUAAAAAAGAAAAAUGUCA